CGCUCGAGUCGGCCGCUUGGCGCGUGGCCCCGUCACAGAGAGGCAAAGGCAGAAGCAGAAGCAAAUCAAUUAAAGGGCCUCAUUUCAAGCAUAGACAAAACGCAUUUUGUUGACCUCUAACUCGACCAAAUCAAUUGGCCGUUGUCCACUCGAACAGAUGCAGAGACAAAGACACAGAUAGAGAUAAAGAUAAAGAUAAAGACAUAGACAUAGACGAAACGUGAUCAAUGCCCCAUCAAUUUAUCGCUCAGUGUGCAUCCAUAGGUCGACCGCAUGAAACCGGUCGUCAUUUGGUAUAGCCAGUGAUUGGACUGACGAAUCCAAAGAGACAUCAAGAGCGAGACGGGCGCGAGGGCGAGGGCGAGGGUUGAGCAAGAGUUGCUCGCUGAUCAAGUUCAAAGUCAUUUGGCAGCUUCCGUCGCCGCUGGCUCGGACUGAUUCGGCGAUCUAAUCAUUAACUAUAUAAAGAGUUGCAGCGCUCAACGGCCACAACACACUGCGUCUGCCGAUCGUAGCUCAAACAACAAGCCAAACAAUGAAAUUCGUAAUCAUUGCCGUUGCCUUCCUGGCCUGUGCUCUCGCCGAUGUCUCGGAGCUGGGCCAGCCUGGCUAUGACUACUCUCAGCCAGCACCACUGGCGCCUGCACCAGCGCCCGUCGAGUCCUACAUUCCGCCCGCACCACCAGCACCGCCAGCGCCCGAGUACAUCCCACCCGCACCACCAGCACCCCAGCCGGAGUACAUCCCACCAGCACCAGUGGCCGCACCCGCCGACGCCUACAUUCCGCCAGCUGCCGACGAGCAGGUGCUCGAGGAGAUCGAGCAGCCCGCCCAGGAUGGCUACCGCUACAAGACCGUGCGUCGUCGCGUCUUCCGUCAUCGCAACUAAAUGGAGCUGACUGCGGGUCCGCUUCGAGGAGAGUCUCAUUUGUUUUUUGUUGUUAUCGCUGGACUCGAGUGUGUUGGCCGCAAGCACAAAGCAAAUAUAGAUGAAACAGAGAUUUAAACUGAAGGAAAUAACUGCACUUAUCUUGUGUGUUCUUUGGUGCACAUCAAAGGAUCUGCAACAGGAUAAACUAACUAUAGGCUAUGAAAGGAAAAAUAGAAAACAAUUUAUAGAAAUUAA